AUGUUCAAAAUAGGCAUGUUCAACAUAGGCAACCCCAAAGCGACAUCCUCAAUGUCUGACCAACCCCCAUCAUUCGAAGAGUCCAUGUCCACCAACCCGCCGAUAUUCAAGACACAGUUUGCCUGCAUGACGCUCAAUAUGACGGACCGUAUCCGUCUUAUCAACUUCACCGAAGUCGAGGUUCAAGCGGUUAAGCAAAUCGUCAAGACUCGCUGGAAGCCAGGUCUAGUACAAUCAUAUCCGUACGGUGAUUCAACCGAGAUUUGGGUCCGUGGAAGACCAUGGGCGUAUGAUUCCAACGGCAAUGAUGAUGCGAGACGACUUAUUCUAUGGAUACUGGAGAGAUUGUUCGAUCAUGGUUGGGUCGUGCAAUGUUCGUUGGAUAUCACGAAGAAAUCUGAGAGCAAAGAUUCACUCAUCUUUCGAAAACAAAAUCCUAUCCCUAUGCCCUGCGACUGGAUCUGCGUCUCCUUUGACAACAGCGACAAGUUGAAAAUCGUCGACUCUCCUCCAAAAGACCUGACGGACGCCAUUCUGCAGACAUUUAGCUGCGAAGUGCGAAGACGUGAGAUAACACCAGAAAAGUUCAAGAUUCAUUUAGGUGUUCAGCCGUGGGAGCCUUCGGGAACAGAUACCGUUACGACGAGAAUACUGUUGCUUAGGCUGGUUGAGACACUUGAGAGGCGUGGAUUCACGAUCUAUGCGACGAUUGGGAGUAAAGGAGAGGACGGUGAGGGUGCUGCGGAUUUGUUGAUUUGUCACAGGGCGGCAGAUUGGGUUCCUGGAGCGCCUAUUUGGCAUAGAUAG